AUUGUUUUUGUCUUCAUUUAUCAUUCGCAAUUAACGUUUAACAAUUUUAAUUUUAUUCUUUUUCUUUUAAAUUGUUAACUAUUAGUAGUUAGAGUUUAUGGUUAAUUGAGUUUCUUUUGUCCUUUUCCUUAGAAUUACAUUGAUUUUUGAUUCUCUCUUUUACCCAAGUGAAAAAUGAGAUUUUUCUACAAAUUUGCCAAUCUCUUUGGAAGUGUUUACAAUAGAGGUGAUCUUUAUUUCGACCCGAAAGGUUCAAGUCUUUACAGUCCAUGUGGUAAUAAGAUUGUGCUAUAUGACCUGAAAAACGGUCGAUCUCGAGCUUUAUCAUUCCAAGCCGAACAUAAUAUUAACCAUAUUGCUAUUUCGCCCAAUGGAAGACUACUAAUUAUAACCACAGAGAAAUGUCAUCUUUACAUGGUUUCUCCAAUUACUGGUUAUGUCCUUCAUAGAAAAGAUUUUUCUAAAAGUUGUUCCUCGCUCGGUGGGUUAAAGUUCAGUCCUGAUGGUCGAUAUUAUGCCAUUCUUGUUGACAAUAAAGCUUUGGUCUAUUUAACCCCAGGAAUUGCUUUUACUGGAACGGGUCGGGAAUUGUCACCAUUUAAGAUUUACAAGGUUAUAAGGGCUCAUUAUGAUAAGGCGACGUUUGUCACUUGGAGUCAAGACUCAAAAUUAUUGGCCGUUGGGAGUAAAGACUUGACUGUCAAGAUUUGUACUGUUGCCAAAUGUCAUCCUAAUGUACCUCAUUUAAUCAACCUUAGUGGUCACUCUGAUUGUCCAAUCGGAGGUUAUUUUGGUUCGUUCAAUGAUCAGGAUCUAUCUUUGAUCACUAUUAGUAAAAAUGGUCAAUGUUACGUUUGGGAAUGUUCAUACAGUGUAGAUGAAUUGAAAGACGAAACUCCAAAAGAGGAAAAGCUACAAUUUUCUCGAACCGAGAGAUAUUUUCUUACAGAUUCCUUGAAGACCGAGUCCAAUCAUGUUUACGUUUCGUCGACCGCUUAUAGUCCCAAAGUUCAUCUACUAGUUACCGGAUUCACCAAUGGUUCUGUUCUGCUUCAUGAUAUGCCUGAUUUCAGUUUAAUCUAUUGCCUUGAAUUGUCUAAUCUUGGUGCUAUCGAUGGAAUCUCGAUUAGUCCUGACACUGAUUGGAUCGCUUUUGGUUCGGGAGUUAAACCAAUGACCUCUUAUGAAUUAGCAGAGGAAAAAUUGACCCAAUCACAAUUGUUUGUCUGGGAAUGGAGAACGGAAACUUUUAUUCUCAAACAAAGUGGUACUGGUGCCGGUUUCACCCACAUAACUGAGUGUUUAGCUUACUCUCCGGACGGUGCUUACCUUGCCACCGGUGGUACUGAUGCCAAGGUUCGUGUUUGGGAUACAUUGGGUGGAUUUAAUUUCGUUACCUUUAGCGAUGAACAUAAAGCACCAAUAACUGCUGUUGAAUUCCAACCCAAUGCCAAUGGAAAGGUUCUCAUCUCAGCUUCGUUAGAUGGGACAGUUCGAGCGUUUGACCUUAAUCGUUAUCGUAAUUUUCGUACAUUUGCAGCUCCUGAGAUCUCUAAACCCGCUCAAUUUAUCAGUUUAGCGGUUGAUUAUAUUUCUGGCGAUUUUAUUGCUGCUGGUGCUCAAAAUUUUUUCGAAAUUUUUCUUUGGUCCCUUAAAACAGGUCGACUUCUCGAAUGUUUAACUGGACAUCAAGCUCCAGUUUCGGCAAUCAAAUUCUCCCCCUCAAAUAAUAUUCUCGUCUCAUGUAGUUGGGAUAAAACUGUACGAACCUGGAAUCUAUUUGAAGGUGCAAAUUGUACCCGUGAAGUGUUACAAUUAGGAUAUGAGGCUAUCGGUUUAUCUUUACGUUUAGAUGGUGAUCAAAUUGCAGUGUCAACAAUUAACGGAAACAUUUAUUUCUUUGCAACUGAAUCAGGUGAAAUGUUGGGCGCUCCAAUUGAAGGUAAAUGUGACCUGGGAACGGGUAAAACAAAUGCUGAGGAAAGUGCAGAUGAUGAUAAACACUUUUCCACUUUAACCUAUUCAACGGAUGGACAAUAUAUCCUUGCCGGUGGACGAUCAAAGCAUCUAUGUGUUUAUCAUGUACCCGAAAAAUUGUUGAUCAAAAAAUUUACCCUCACAAUUAAUAAAUCAUUGGAAGGUAUCGCUGAUUAUAUCAGUAAACGUAAACGAGCCGAGUUUGGUUUCAAUGAGAUGCUAAUCAAGGCUCGAGAGGAGGGCGACUUUGCCCCAGUUCAACUUCCGGGGGUAAAAAGAGGUGACCUCGGUGAAAGAUCAAUCAAUCCGAUUGUUGCUGCUUACGCUUUACAAUUUUCACCGACAAUGAGAUCGUUUGCCGCUGCGACAACCGAAGGUAUUUUAAUCUAUUCACUGGACACCGUUGAUUAUUUUGAUCCUUACGAAUUAGAUGAAGGUGUCAGUCCAAUUACGGUCAAGGAAUCAUUGGACAAUCAACAAUACGCUGAUGCUCUCAUGCAAUCGUUGAAAUUACAAGAAUCAUCUUUAUUCAAGAGAGUCGUUGAAUCGACGCCAAUUAACUCAAUUGAUUUAACGAUCAAAAGUUUACCAAUUAAAUAUAUCGAAUUGUGUCUCUCAUCAUUAGCAUCGUCAUUGGAAAACACUGGACACAUUGAAUUUUACAUGUUAUGGUGCCAAUCGAUUCUUCAUCAACAUGGAUUAACUUUGAAAUCUAAUUAUUCGGCUUCUUCAUCAAUAUCAGCUACUUUUAGAUUUUUACAUCGAGUGAUUACCCGAUGGUCUGAUGAUUUACAGAAUUUAUCAGAUUUUAACAAAUAUCGACUCGAAUUUGUGAAAACAUUUGGAAUUGAAUCUGAAACAAGUGACAAUCAAAUGGAUCAAAUUGAUGAACAAUCAACAGACGAGGAAGGUGAACUUUCAGAAAAUGAAGAUGAAGAUGAACAAGAGAAUAAAAUUAUUAAUUUAAAUAGUGAAGAUGAAGAUGAAAAUAUGGAUAAUUAACUGUUAAAAUUGCGAAAAAAUUAACUAAUUGAAAUCCUUUUUUCCUUGUUAAUAUUUUUGUACAGAAACAUUAACACAAAUUAGAAAUUAAUUUGUAACACUAAUGUUUAAUUACAUUAAAAGACACUUGAAAUUUAACUAAAAGAGUCUCUUAAUUAUAA